UCUGUUCGUUUAUCAGCUGUAAGAUCCCAGCGAUAUAUAAGCGUGUUUACACAGUACACACACUAGAUAACCACAGUACUAAGGCCUGCCACGAUGAGGUUGACAGUUUUGAUUUUGGUCAUCUUUGUAUGCCACGUAUAUAGUCAUGAAUCCCGGGGUCUACAUAAAAUAUUGGCUUCAGCGACAGGCAGAAUCGUGAGGAAGGCGGGAACGUCGUCCGAGAGAGCAGCGGCAGCAGGCGGGGCAUCGGCUGCUUCAGCGGCUGUCAGCGCUGCACUUAUGGCAGUGAACCCGGUGGCCGGGGCGGCAUCAGUAUUCCUUGCUCCAUUGGUAGAUGGAGUUGUACAACUUGAGAAGCAGUUUAUGUCAUAUCUAAGCGAAAAUAUGUUGGGCAAUCAUCCAUUUCACACAGUCCUAGGACGAGGUGUUAGGAUUCAUGCUACAGGUACCACCAUAUCUAUUCAGGACGUGGCCAGUGGAAUAACAGUGGUCGGGACAGGUGCCACAGUAGACGAGGCUAUGAGUAUGGCGACACAGAAGUACGUCACCACACUGCUAGAGAUGGGCUUUAUCAGCAAGGAUGACUUACAUUUGGCACCGAUACUCACCACCACUGAAGUGCCAUGUGGAGACAACUAUCCCAAGUCGUACUGUGAGGACCAGAAACAGCAGGGCUUCUGUUCCCCUCGCAGUGCCUAUGCUACCUUCAUGUCCGACAACUGUUACGCUACUUGUAGGGGAGGAUGCUGAAGAGGUAACUAAGAAGAUUCCACAACAUUACAAUGUCAUAUACAGAAAAUACACCACUCCAAUGUUCAU